UACAUUUUCUAUCCAAUAACAAAUAAAAAUUGAAUGUUGUUUUAAGUCAUUCGUUAAGACAUAUUAAGUCAAUUAAGUAAACAGCAAUGGAAGAGUCGUCGACUUUGUUUUGUCAUGAAAGUUUCUAAAAUGAUAUUAACAAAGUUGACAAGAAGGUUCAGGUCUAGUAAGUGUAAGCUACCGCCAUCAACAUGGAUACCGAUAGUGAUCUACAUAAUUUUCAUUACAUUCAUGUUAAGUGUGACUUUUCCAAAUGGAACAAAAAGUUCGUCAAGUCAAAAAACUCAGACAAUUGAAUCAGGAUCAAAUGAAUCAUCUGAAGAACAAGACAUUGGUGAACUCAAUCGUGUGUUUCAUGGCGAUAAUAAUUUAAAAGAGGUCUUUCAAGAACCUAUGGAACUAGUCGAUAACUCAGAUGCCACAAAUGUCAUAAAAUUUGCGUUUCGUAAAGCUGAUGCGAAUUCUGACGGAUUUCUGACAAUUCGUGAACUUGCAAAGUAUAUUAAUUUGAAAGUAUGUGAUCACAUUGACACGUCUAUUAAACAGAACCCUCAAAUAUUCUCUGAAAUUGAUAAGUUGCCAAUUGAUGGUCUAGUGUCGUGGAACGAAUACCAUUCUUACUUUUUAAAGAAUCUCAAACUUAGUCUUGACGAAAAUUACAUUUCCAAUCAUGAUGAAACUAAACAUUUGAAGCUCGACCGAAAGUCAAAAGAGGCUUUGAUGAGAGACAAGGCGAGAUGGGCUGAAGUUUUGGCUUCAGAUCCAGCAAGUCUAACACUUGAUGAGUUUCUUGCUUUUCAACAUCCUGAAGCAUCAACUUCAAAUCUUCUUAAUCUUGUAGAAGACAUUUUAAGACAUUUUGAUAACGAUGGCGAUGACAUGUUGACGGCUGAUGAAUUCACAAACAGUUACAGUUCAUCUGCCGAUAAUAAAAAACUUUUUUUGAGUGACAACAUUGAUGAGCGUCGAGCGGAAUUCAAAAAACUUAUCGAUAAAAAUAAUGACGGAAAGGCGGAUCGUGCUGAGUUAUUGCAAUUUGUAGAUCCACGGAAUUCCCGCUAUGCUAUACAAGAAGCUGCCACUCUUUUUAACUUAUCUGACUUAAAUAAAGAUAAAAAACUUUCUCUUGAUGAAAUGCUCAAUAAACAAGAUCUGUUUAUGACAUCAAAAUUCAUCAGCUUGGUUGAAAAUUUCCACAAUGAAUUUUAGAUCGAUAUUUAUGAACUUUAACUGCUUCUUAGAAGAGAGACUUAAAUUAUUUUAUUUUUAUUUCAUAAAACUAUUUUUUAUAUGGCAAAGAAAAUAUAUUUUAAUGAUUUUUAUAUUUCUUUAGUUUUCAUGUUCGCUAAAGAUUUAUUAGUUUUUAUGUUUAAGGAAAAGUUGUGAGUAAAACAUAAAAACAUUAAACGAUAAUUGCAUUUGAGAUUCUUAGACUUUUAGAGACUACAUGUUAAAAAUCUUAAUAAAUUAGAAAUUGAUAUUAGAAUGAGAUCAGCAUUUCGAUUUGAAAUGAAAGAAAUAAAGCAAACGAAAACAU